AAAACAUUUCAUGGUGUUGGUGCAUCAUUUGGAGCACACGUGUGUUUAUCAAUAACCUUAAAACUAUUUAUUAAUUAUCAAUAAAUAAUACAUUAACAAUUAUUUAUUUAACAAAAUAAAUAAAUAAGAAAAAUGGUGGUCUUUACUUGUAAUAAUUGUGGAGACUCAUUGCAGAAACCAAAAGUAGCCAAACAUUUUCAGUUUCAAUGUCGAAAUCCAAUCGCUUUAACUUGUGUGGAUUGUUUAAAAGAUUUUUUGAAUGACGAAUAUAUCGCCCAUACAAAAUGUAUCACUGAAGCAGAACGAUAUGGAGGAAAGAAUUUUGUACCUAAACCAUCGGCAAAUAAAGGAGAGAAAAAGCAGCAAGAAUGGAUCAAUAUUGUAAAUAGUGUUCUUACUUCAUCACAAAUUUUAACAAAUGAAGAAAGAAGUUUCUUACAAAGUAUUGCUAAAUAUCAGAAUAUUCCACGGAAAAAAGCUAAAUAUUUAAACUUCAUCAAAAAUGCUUUAGGAUAUAGAGUUAAUUAUAACAUUGUUGAAAGUUGUUGGGAAAAAAUGGAAAGUGCUUAUAAAGAAAUUACUGAUAGUUACAAAAAAAAUAACAAUAACAAUCAAAAUAAUAGCAAUUCUGUCAACGCCGAUAAUGACAACCAUAGUAAAAAUAAUAAUUGUAGUAAUAAUGUUAGCAGAGAAACUGAAGAAAAAAAGAAAAAUAGUAAGAGUAAAGAAGUAAUUGAAGUAGAAAAAGAAGACGAUGAAGAGAUGAAGAAAAAAUCCUCUAAAAAGAAGAAACGAAAAAAUUUAGAACAAGAAGAAAUAAACACUAAUAAGAAUAGUAAUGAAGUAGAUGAAAUUGAGAAGAAACCAAAAAAUAAGAAGAAAAAGUUAAAUAAUUCUGAAGCAAUUUCAGAGAAUGGUAAUUUUAAAGAAAAUCAUUUAAGCAAUGGAGUACAAAUUGAAAAUGUCGAAGAAAAUAAAGAUAAUGGAGAAUCGAGUGAAAAAAGUCACAAGUUUGAUUGGAAAUCGGAAAUAUUAGAAAUUUUCGAAUCAAAACAAGAAAUUUCAUUGAAGAAAUUAAAGAAAAAAGUGCUCCAAAAGUAUUUAAGUGUAUAUCCAGAUGUUUCCUAUGACAAAAUUGAAUCUAGGUUUAAUAAAAAACUUAACAAAAUAUCUCAAUUAGUUAUAAGUGAUGAUAGAGUUAAACUUACAUCGUAA